AUGAUUAAACCAAUUUAUAGGGAAUAUCAAAAUCAUUAAGGUGAUAAUGAAGAUCCAAAUAAUACUAAAAUGGUUUAAAUAACAGAUGAUAGUAGUUUAAAUCGAAUUAAUGAUACUCUAAAAGAUUCUAUUAAUGAAUACAAUAAAUAUGGAGUACAAAAUAUAUUCUCACCAUCCAAAAACAUAAAAGAAUUAAAAGAUGACUCUUCUUAAGAUCCUAAAAAUAUAUAAUUGGUUAUUUAAAAUAUCACUGAAUCAGAUAAACUUAUUGAAAUCAAUACUACAGAUCAUGGGGAUAAAGAAGAAAUUUCUAAAUUUUAAAAGGGUAUGUUAAGCUUAUAAACAAUUAAAUAUUAGAAAAAAAGGAUUUAAUUUAGAAAUCCUAAAUAUGAAGAAAAAGUAAAAACUAAAAAAGAAUUUAAUUGGAAUUCAGAUGCUAUAAAAUAAUGGAAAAUUAAUGUAAAUAUUGUUCUUUUUGUUUUGAAUUUACUUAGAGUAAUAAAACAUAAGAAAUAAGAUGGAAAUAAAAUUACUUAAAGUUAAGAUGUAGAAAGAAAUUAAAAUAUUAAAUCUAACUUUAGGCUAAAACAAUUUGGAUUAACAAUUCUUAAGUUUAUUGUUGGCAUCUCAUUAGCAUUAUUUAUUAGUAUUUUAAUUUUCCCUUUUAUAUUAAUAUCUGAUUUAUUUUUGAGGAUAUACACUUAUAUUAAUUUAUAUGUGAGAUAUGCUCUAUCUCAUGAGAACUUAUUUUAUAAAUUCAUUUUACUGAUUUAAUUAUAUAUGUAUGUGAUAGCAAUUGUUAUUGCUAUAAUAACUAAUCUCUAUUAAUCAAUUAUUACAACUGUAGAAUUAAUAUACAACAUUGUUGGAACAUUAUAAAACAAUAUAUCAGAUCUUACUAGAUUAUUAUAUUAAACUAUUCAAAAUCCAUUCUCAAAAUAAAAAUGA